CUUUUGACGAUUUCUGCACCUAGAUCACCUGAAGAUAGUGACAUGUAUUUAAAAUGAAUCAAGUCCUUCUGUACAAGCCAUGAUAGACGCAGGAGCGAGAAUGCGCGAACGGACGCUCGCUUUGUUAGUCCUGCUGCUUGUAGCAGCUGCUUUCUUAGUGGAUGCUGGUGACAAAGUCGCACCGGGCCUACCCGGGUCUUCGCCAGCGAAAAAGCAGCUCAAGCGGAGCAGCGCCAAGCGCUGGGAGGCUCUUCACGAUGUAGUUAGAGCGGAGAUCAAGUCUGCAACUCGCCGCUUCUUAGAGGAGCGCGCUCGGGCGUUGGUGCUGCCCAUAGAGGUGGACCUGCUGUUGAUAGGCUUCGACGGCGAUGGCGGCUACGGCUACAAGGUUGAUAAGGCGGCGCUGGAGGAGCUCCUAGGCACCGCCACAGAGGACAACACGAUCUGCCCCACCGUGUGGGAGACGGGCGAGACGGCGGCGGUGUGCUUCUCCAUCAACUACCUCACACUGGACAACAGCAAGGUCCACGCGGGCAUGGAGCGCAUCGAGACGGCGCUCAAGCACAACAUGGAGUGGGUGGGCGACCGCUCACAGGACUGGCCUGACGGCAGCAAGGAGGUGCAGGUGUACGAGGUGGAGGCGGCCGGCGAGGUGGAGGCCACCGUGUGGGACCUGCUGGACGAGGCCUACGGCGGCAAGCAGCCCGAGGUGAAUCGCGACCAGCACAACCAGAUUGUGAUCAUCAACCCCAGCAAGAUGCGCAUGAAGGCCGCGCUGCCGCCCGCGCCCUACGCCUCCGCAGAACACAGCGACACGGGCCACGCGGGCGACACGGCUCACACGGCGGCGGUGGCGGAGGCCGCCGGCAUGGACUUCAUUGGGGAGUGGCAGAAGGGCGGCGUCAACUCCUCCCACGUGGUGGCUCAGGAGGCGGGCUACCUGUACCGCUACCGCUACAACGGGCUGGGCUCGGGCGCGGCCUUCGUGGGGCAGUACAACUUCGUGCUCAUCGACAUCGCCGCCGGCCCCGUGUCAUACGGCCCGCUGGCCAGCCCCAGCGGCGCCGUGGCGCCCACCGGCAUGCCGCGGCUCAUGCCCAUGCUGCUGCGCAUGACCCGCGAGCUGGAGGUGCACAACCAGCCCGGCACGCUGCGCGCGCACAUGCUUGAGGAGGCCGCCAAGGGGCAGAGCGCUGUGUUUGCGGGGCAGCUGGCCUCAGCCAUCGCCUCAGCCACACGCCAGCUGUUCGCCACGGACCUGGUGAUGGCGGGCGCCGAGUCGCUGGGCGGCGGCGCCACAGGCAGCGCGGCGCCCAAGCGGGUGGCGGUGCCCAUCGUGGUGUUCCAGGACCACGUGCGCGACCUGGAGGAGGAGGAGGGCGGCCGCCGCGCCGUGGACCUGGACAUGGUGCAGUUGGCGCUGGACGAGCUCCUGCCUCCCGACAUCCCCGGCGCUGUGUCCAUCAGCCGCCACAUGCUGCACCACCACAAACAGCUGGCGGCGGCGCUGGUCAAGGCGCGGCACAGCAGGUCCGACGCUGUGCUGGCCGAGCCCCCCGACGUGGGCCUGCACCGCAGCCAGACGGUGGCGCUGGACAGCGGCGUGCUGCUGCGGGAGCUGCGGCUGCUGGCGGCGGGCGACGACCUGCUGGCGGGGCUGGUGGACCACAUAGGAGAGGACUACAGGGACAGCCUGCACUACCAGGACGACCCGGCGGACUUCAUCAGCAAGCGCCGCCACGAGACCAAGGUGCUGCCGGUGUUUGUGUUCAGCCUGGAGCGCUCGCCGGAGCAGAUGAUGUUCGACAGCCACGGCCUUGUGGCGGCGGGCACGGACGUGGUGGCCACACUGCAGCUGCUGGGCAAUCCUGUCCUGGACGAGUACAGCCGCGGCCGCAUCUACAGCGGCCACAUGCACGAGGGCCACCACCUGCUCACGGACGCCGGCGACAGCCCCACGCGAUCCAUCAUCGCAGGACUGGCCACAGCGCUGGGCGGCGUGGUGCCCGCACACCAGCGCUACUGCACGGCCGAGCACGCCGUGGUGGAGGACUGGCGCUGGUCGGUGGGCGCCGUGCCCUGGGGCCCCUACUCCAACUACACAGCGCUCAGCUCCAUCUUCGCCUCCACCGCCCGGCGCAACCUGCUUGUGUCGCGCAUCGAGCAGCCGCUGCGGCGCCUGAUCGCCACCAUGGACCAGGUGGACGCCUUCAUAGCGGCGCACCUGCAGGGCCCCUUCGCAUCCCUCAAGGUGGCCCGCUCCAACUUUGUGGAGCGCUCCUUCCACACCAUGAUGCCGCACCACCACCUGCUGGACGACCUGGCCAGGCAGCACCACUCCUACCGCAACGCCUCCCAGCCCCUGCACGCCGCCGCGCGCCAGCUGCUCAGCACCGUGGGCGGCAUGGCCAGCGACGCCGUGAGGCGCGCCGGAGCCGCCGCCGCCAAGGCCGGAGCCAAGGCCGGCUCCGGCUCCUCCUCCUCCUCCUCCUCCUCGCCG